CCAAAGAUUGGCAUGGCUGUGCUGACCUGCUCAGAGUGCUCUCAUGAUGAGUGACUUCAGGGACAUUCUGAGGGAGAUCGGGGAGUUUGGCCUCUUCCAGAAGAGGCUGGUGGCGGCGCUGUGUCUGCCCUCUCUGUUCACAGCCUUCGAUGUGAUCGGGCAGGUCUUUGUGGGCCUCUCGUUCCCACAUCACUGUAAUACGGACUGGAUCCUAGAGAUUGGGCCCAACCUGACACAAGCCACACAGUUAAAUCUAACUUUGCCUGUGGACAAAGAUGGCCAGUAUGAAAGCUGUCUUAUGUUUAAACCUGUUGCAUUGGAUUUGGAAACUAUUGAGGCUUAUGGACUCAAUGACACAACAGGCUGUGAAAAUGGAUCUGUUUUUGAGACUGUCAAAGGAGCCUCCAGCCUCGUAUCAGAGUUUGACCUGAUAUGUGACAGGAGUAGUUUAAUUGAAACUUCUCAGUCUAUCUACAUGCUGGGACUGCUGAUCGGAGCCCUGGUUUUGGGACUCAUGGCUGACAGGUUUGGUCGCCGCUUUGUGAUCCUGCUCUCUCUCUUCCUCCUGAUGACUUUUGGAGUUGCUUUGGCCUUCUCUCCCAACAUUUAUGUUUACAUAGCUUUAAAGUUCAUCAGUGGCUUUUCAGUGUCAGGAAUCCUUGCUAACAUCUUUGUGAUAGGUGGUGAGUGGAGUGAUGCCUCAAAGUUUGCUCUGUGCACCAUCGCCUGUCACUCUUUCUUCCCUCUGGGCCUGAUGAUACUGUCUGGUUUGGCUUUUUUGAUUCGCAACUGGAGAAUUUUACAGCUUGUCUUGUUUGCCCCUCUUCUACCCGUGUUUUUACUGUUUUACUGGAUCAUCCCAGAGUCAGCACGCUGGCUCAUCACUCAGGGAAAGAAAGAGCAGGCCAUAAGAGAGAUCCGUAAAGCAGCAAAAGUGAAUAAGAGGAAGGUCCCUGAAGAACUAUUGGAAAAGCUGAGUGCAGAGGCUCCAGGAAAAAGAAAUAACAUGCUGGACCUCUUUAAAAUCCCCUAUCUCAGGAAACGUGCUCUCAUUAUGAGUUUUAUCUGGUUUGCUACCAGUCUGAUGUACUAUGGGAUCAGCCUGAAUGUGGGCGGCUUCGGCCUGGACAUCUACCUCACACAGUUCAUCUUUGGGCUGGUGGAGCUCCCAGCCCGACUCGGCUCUUUACCACUGCUGCAGAGAUUUGGACGUCGAAUAUGUCAAAUAGUGGUGCUCGUAUUGGGAGGGGCUGCAUGUUUGGUGAUUAUUGCCAUACCUAAAGAUCUCCCUGUCGUGACCACAGUCAUCGCUGUACUAGGGAAAUUUGCUGCUACUGCAUGUUUCUCCACUGUGUAUAUCUAUGCUGCUGAGCUCUACCCUACAGUACUUAGGCAGAAUGGUGUAGGCCUAAAUGCCAUGUCUGCUCGAGUGGCAGGCAUCCUGGCUCCUCUGAUUCGACUUCUGGACCAGUACCAGUUCUUCCUGCCCAUGUUGAUAUACGGCACUGUGCCUAUCCUCGCGGGGGCACUGUGUCUGAUGCUGCCUGAGACGCUCAAUGUGGAACUCCAGGACCACACGGAGACGCUAACACCAGAUAAGAAGACUGAUCUGAAGAACAAAGAGAGUUCAAAGAGUACAAAAAUGUAGUCUAAACAACGCUAAAAUGUAGUGAUCUGUGCCAUGUUUGUGUAUUAAUAAUGAACUUUUGCAAUUUUUAUGAAGAC